AUGAUUGGAAAACCACCCCUGCCAGACAACCACAUCUGUCCCCUGGCUCCCCAGCACCUUACCUCAGUGGGGAGUAAGUACCCCUCUAUCAACAAGACUGCAUCAUUCCAUAAUCAAAAGCAAAAGAGGCAACAACAGCAAAGAAGCUUCCAAAAUGUUAAAGCUAGGACGCCAUACUUUUGUCAAGUGUGCAAGCACAGCUAUGCCCGUAGGUAUAAUCUCAAUGUGCACAAGUGUCAGGGGCCACCCAAUCCUUCUGCAUUUGGGACAAACAUUAAAGCAAGGGAGCCUUUCACAGGCAUCAACCAGAGGCCUCUGAUCUCCAAAAGCAUCGGUGUGGGCACUGACAUCACUCGUCAGAUAAAGGAGGAGGUGAUAUCUGCAAGGCAACAUCCUCAGUUUCCUGAUUUGCUCUGGUCCGGUUCACCUAAAAGCUUCUCAUCCUUCGAUCCCAAAGUUUCCAAACAUGUAACACCAGGAGAAAUUGAUUCAGGAUCUGCGACACUACAGCAAGGAGAUGGAGUAGGUGAAGAUAGUUUUAAACAAGGAGGGAGAGAUGGAGAAUGGACAAUGCCUUUAGAUGAUUCUGAGAUCGACGUGCUGAUUGAGGCAGUAGAUGCAGAAGACGACGAUGAUUUAAUGCUACAAGAACCUAUUUCUCAGGGUAAUGUCGAGUCCACCAAGGAUGGCGUGCCUUAUUUCAUAAAAGACGGUGCUAGACGUUUUCCCUGCUAUAGAUGUCAGAAAACUUACAGUCGAGGGUGCACAUUAAAAAAGCAUCAAAGGCUGUGUGGAAAUAGGUCAUUUCUGCCACAAUCUACCUUCGGGGCGGUAGCACAGAAAGUCAACAAGGGUCAAUUCCAAUUUGAUUGCCAUGUCUGUGGGAGGAGCUUUAACCGCAAAGAUAACAUGUUGGUUCAUAGGAAGAAGUGCCAGUUAAGUAGAACCGUGGCCAGGAAUGAUAAUGGACAUUUACAACAGUGCAUAUCAGCAGCCCAGGCACCACCACGUCUCGGGGCACAAAGUAGUAAAAGUCAGGAGGAUAAUGGGGCAAAUUGGGGUAUUAUGUCAUUGCCCAAUGUUCUCCCCAGGAGAGUGACGUGUGAGUGUGGGGCAGGCUUCACAUCCCCACGGCUCCUCCUAGAGCAUUUGCAAAAGCAUGCACAGGAGUCCUACACCUGCCCCACAUGUGGUGAGACACUGAGUUCCUGGGCAGACUAUGAAGUCCACCUACAAGUGCACAUGCAACCUCGGCACCAGAUGUACGGGGGAAUGCAACCGCAGAGCUCUCCACCUCUACUGCUGAGGUUUCCACAGCAGCCACGUCAACGUCGGCAGCCCCUGCCAAAGCAGCGACCUGCGCUUCCGCAACACACUCUGCCAGCGCAGCGUCCUCAGCCAAAUCAACAACCUCUGCGGAAGCCUAGGAAGCAGCAGCCGCGCAGUGUGUGCAUACGAUGCAGCAACACCUUUUGCAGUCGGGGCGCGCUGCUAAAGCACCUCUCCUGGAAUCGGUGCAAAGGUGACAGAGGUGCCGUUUCAGCGAAGGCAAACCACUGUUCUCGCUGCAGCAUGGACUUCCCCAAUGGCCUCAGCCUCAAGUUUCACCAGCUAAAUGGAAUGUGCAAACCUGCCUUGAAGCCCAUGCGUUGCCCUGUGUGCGUGCGCUGGUUUGGCACUGUGGAGGGACUCCAGAAACACCUGCAAACACACGACCAGACCAAUUCGUUCCGCUGCCUCAUCUGCCAGCGCCUCUAUCCCAGCCUCCGGUCACUGAAAGACCACCGCAGAAAGGUCCAUUGCAUUUUGUCUGGAGACACAGCGCAGGUUACAGAAUAAUGAGAAUGAAUGCUCUGAAAAUCAUAAUCCAAGUGAACAUAUAUGAACAAUGAUUUUAGCAAAGUAAUGUUUUUGCAAGAUCGGUUAUUGAUUUGAGGGAUGUCUUGUGUAACCAUAUAAUCAUUUUAUUGUACUAUACUACUUUGAUUCUAUUUUCACUGUCUAGCAAUAGACUUUUCUUGCUCACUUGAACCUAUUUUCAUGGUCAUAGUUGUAAACUGUUGUAUUGUGCUGUAAAAUGCAAUGAUGUUCUUAGCUUGUUCUUAAAGGGAUACUUUGGGAUUUUGGCAAUGAAGCCCUUUAUCUACUUCCCCAGGGUCCGAUAAACUCAUGAAUACCAUUUUUAUGUCUCUGCAUAAAGUAUGAAGGAAGUUAGAGGUAGUUUUGCUAGUUACCGUAGACUUUGUCAUUGCGCUAACGCUAGUUAGCGAAUUCCUUAAAACUGCACGCGGAGACUUAAAAAUGGUAUCCACAAGUUCAUCUGACUCUGGGAAGUAGAUUAAGGGCUUCAUUGCCAAAAUCCUGAAGUAUCCCUUUAACUCCUCUUCAGCCAUCAUUAAAAUGUGCCACUUAUUGUUCAAGUGCUAUUUUAGGUUGUGCUAAAACGUUGAUGGUUAUAUCUUAGUGUGGUAGCUAUCAGUGCAUUGUGGAGGAAACAAUUGUAAGUGAAUAUACACUACAGAGUAUGUGCACACCUGCUCGUCGAACUUCAUUCCAAAAUCAUGAGCAUUAAUAUGGAGUUGGUCCCCCCCUUUGCUCCUAUAACAGAAUCCACUCUUCUUGGAAGGCUUUCCACUAGAUGUUGGAACAUUGCUGCGGGAACUAGCUUCCAUUCAGCCACGAGCAUUAGUGAGGUCGGGCACUGAUGUUGGGCGAUUAGGCCUGGCUCGCAGUCGGCGUUCCCAUUCAUCCCAAAGGUGUUCGGUGGGGUUGAGGUCAGGGCUCUGUGCAGGCCAGUCAAGUUCUUCCUCACCGAACUCGACAAACCAUUUCUGUAUGGACCUCGCUUUGUGCACAGGGGCAUUGUCAUGCUGAAACAGGAAAGGGCCUUCCCCAAACUGUUGCCACAAAGUUAGAAGCACAGAAUCAUCUAGAAUGUAAUUGUAUGCUGUAGCGUUAAGAUUUCCUGUCAAUGGAAGUAAGAAAAACCAUGAAAAACAGCCCCAGACCACUAUUCCUCCUCCACCAAACUUUACAGUUGGCACUGUGCAUUGGGGCAGGUAGCGUUCUCCUGGCAUCCACCAAACCCAGAUUCGUCUGUUGGACUGCCAGAUGGUGAAGUGUGAUUCAUCGCUCCAGAGAACACGUUUCCAUUGCUCCAAUGGCGGCGAGCUUCACACCACUCCAGCCGACGCUUGGCAUUGCGCGUGGGGAUCUUAGGCUUGUGUGCGGCUGCUCGGCCAUGGAAACCCAUUUCAUGGAACUCCCGACGAACAGUUCUUGUGCUGAUGUUCCAAACUGCAUCUGGAAGCUCGUUAGUGAGUGUUGCAACCGAGGACAGACAAUUUUUACGUGCUUCAGCACUCGGCGGACCUGUUCUGUGAGCUAGAUGCUUCCACUUCACAAUAACGGCACUUACAGUUGACCAGGGCAGCUCUAGCAGGGCAGACAUUUGACGAACUGACUUGUUGGAAAGGUGGCAUCGUAUGAUGGUGCUACGUUGAAAGUCAUUGAGCUGUUCAGUAAGGCCAUUCUACUGCCAGUGUUUGUCUAUGGAGAUUGCAUGGUGGUGUGCUCAAUUUUAUUCACUGUCAGCAACGGGUGUGGCUGAAAUAGCCGAAUCCAUUAAUUUGAAGGGUUGUCCACAUACUUUUGUGUUGUGUGUAUGUAUAGUGUAUCUGAGCACUUCCAUCAAAACAGAAAUGUAUAGGAAAUAGCAUGUAGUGUGUGUUGCUCCUUGUUUUAAUAAAGCCCCAUUAAUAGAUGAAAGAUUUGAGUUGAUUGUCACUAACAAGGUUUCCAAUCAUUUUAUGUGUAUGAAUUACCUGACAGAAAAACUCAUGACAGGCCUGAUGGAAACAGAACAUUUCUUGGUAAAAUGUCCUAAUGUCGACAAAAUAAAUAUGCCACACAAGUAAACAAUGCGAUGGUAACCUAUUGAAUGUUUUAAUUUAUUUGGUACAUAAAAACGUAAGCAAAAAAUGCUUUUUGUGUGGGGUCCUAAUAGUUUGUAGCCCAAAUGGUUCGGACACUACCAAACAGAAGUCGACCUUGCCGACUUCAGACGAGUCUCGACACUUGUGGUGUUUAUGAGAGUAUCCCCUUUCCAAAGAGUGGUCAUAAUAGUUUGUAGGUCAAACUACAGACGUUUUCGUGAGAAGACCGGUUUUCGGGAUGUCUCAUGGUCUGACAACCACUCAAGCCCUUUCACCACAGAUGCGGAAGUGCAACACUGGGGGAUGUGGCGGAUUGAGAUGCAGCCAAUGCAAAAAAAAUGCAUCUAGUUUAAACUGAGUUUUGAUGGGGAUUUUUUAAAAUGUAAUUUAGAUUAAUUCACCAGUGCAUUAAUCGACUCUAGGGGGCUUACAUCCGUUUUUGUGUGCCACGAAUUAAGUAGGAGGUAAAGGCUAUACUAUUUACAGAAUCUUCCCAUUUAAAAGACUGGUACUAUUUGGUGAAAUGUAAAUGGACCACAGGGGGGGACUGACUGGUUGACCAUUAAAGCUUAAAAAGGAGCAUCUAAAAACGGUAUAUUUCACAGACUUGUUUUUAGGAUAAUGUGUGAUAAUGAAUAUGUUGAUAAUUGAGCAUUUUUCCAAUCUUUGCCUUCUUCCUAGCGUCGUACAAACCAUCCUGAUCUCGCGAACUUACAUUCUGUGUAGCGGAACGGAAUGUUAACUUGUGAGAUCAGGAUGGUUUGUACUAGGCUAGCUCCCCUCUUCCCUUCAUUCACACAUUACCAGACUCAACCAGAGAUACUGGAUAUAAUGACACGAUGCUUGUCUCCACCCUAACAAUGAGAUUCUUGUCCACAGAGUGGAACAGCGGGCUGUCAAACUCCCGCCUAUUCUUCUCUUUGGAUUGGUGGAUACAUCUCGUCAUUUUAAUAUCUAUUUGAAUAUGCAAUUAGGGGUGUUAACGUCAACCGCCUGUAUUCAAUGGAGAGUGAGAUUCUAUGCUAGCUUCUUAAAUAUACAUAGACGCCUCAAUUUUCACCAGGAAUAACCAGAAGUGUUUUUUCUCCAAGUAGCCGGGAUGUCCCGUGCAUCACACUUAUAUCAGUACACUUGUUACAACCUAAGCAUUACGAAACUUCUAUUUGAUCAAAUAAACCUCAUGUAUAAAAACAGCUAUUAAUUUUUAUCUUGACUAAAUUCGACAUUGACCCCCAUACAAAAACGUCUCUCUUGCUAAGUAAUUAAUGUUGAAGCUGAACGAGAGAUUCACUGAAGAUGGCGGAAACGGAUGAUGAAGUGGAAUCUGAAUACAAUGGCGGGAGAAUUGGAGUAUUGUUCAAAAGAAUGGAAAACUGAGCAAAAUAGGGUACAGUGAUGAGAAUGACCCUUCCUAUCUAGUAGGAGUACGGUUUGUUAAUAAGGAGCAGCUGAGCAGAGUACCAAUCUUGAAGAAACCAUUUGAGUUAUCCAAACUGGUGGAGAGAGUGGUGGGUAAAGUGAAGGAUAUGAGGAUCACGAGAGGCGGGCUUGUUUAGAUUUUUUGUGAUUCUGCUGAACAGAAGGAAAGUGCGUUGUGUCUUAAUCGAUUUGAUACGUUUGAAGUGUUGUGUGUGUCUUUUCGGAACAGGCACCCCUUAAGGGGGUUAUAUCUGGCGUUUCGUGGGAAGUUGAUUUGGAAGAGAUGAAAAAUAUUGCUGGAGUGAUUGAAGCACGUCGGAUGAAUCGAGUGGUGAAUAGGGAAAAAGUGAAGAGUUUAUGUUAUUUUAUUUUAUUUUAUGGAGUCUCCCUAAUGAAGUGCGGUUAGGGUAUAUUAACUACAGAGUUGGAGCAUUUAUCCCAAGAACAAUGCAGUGUAGCCUUUUUCUGUAGCCUGUCAACUAUGUGUCUGUCUAUCCCUGUUCUCUCCUCUCUGCACAGGCCAUACGCUUCACACCGCGUGGCUGCUGCCGCUCUAAUCUGGUGGUCCCUGCGCGCACGACCCACGUGGAGUUCCAGGUCUCCGGCAGCCUCUGGAGCUGCCGUUCUGUGGCCAACAAGGCAGAGUUCAUCUCAGCCUAUGCUACCCUCCAGUCCCUCGACUUCUUGGCGCUGACGGAAACAUGGAUUACCACUGAAAACACUGCUACUCCUACUGCUCUUUCCUCGUCUGACCAUGUGUUCUCGCAUACCCCGAGAGCAUCUGGUCAGCGCGGCGGUGGCACAGGAAUCCUCAUCUCUCCCAUGUGGACAUUCUUUAUUUUUCCCCUGACCCAUCUGUCUAUCUCCUCAUUUGAAUUCCAUGCUGUCACAGUCACUAGCCCAUUCAAGCUUAACAUCCUUGUCAUUUAUCGCCCUCCAGGUUCCCUUGGCGAGUUCAUCAAUGAGCUUGACGCCUUGAUAAGUUCCUUUCCUGAGGAUGGCUCACCCCUCACAGUUCUGGGUGACUUUAACCUCCCUACGUCUGCCUUUGACUCAUUUCUCUCUGCCUCCUUCUUUCCACUCCUUUCCUCUUUUGACCUCACCCUCUCACCGUCCCCCCCUACCCACAAGGCAGGCAAUACGCUUGACCUCAUCUUUACUAGAUGCUGUUCUACUAUUCUCACUGCAACUCCCCUACAAGUCUCCGACCACUACUUUGUAUCCUUUUCUCUCUCGCUCUCCUCCAACACUACUCACUCUGCCCCUACUCAGAUGGUAAUGUGCCGUCGCAACCUUCACUCUCUCUCUCCCGCGACUCUCCUCUUCCAUCCUAUCAUCUCUUCCCUCUGCUAAAUCCUUCUCCCUCCGAUCUCCUGAUUCUGCCUCCUCAACCCUCCUCUCCUCCCUUUCUGCAUCUUUGGACUCUCUAUGUCCCCUAUCCUCCCGGCCGGCUCGGUCCUCCCCUCCUGCUCUGUGGCUUGACGACUCAUUGCGAGCUCACAGAAGAGGGCUCCGGGCAGCCGAGCGGAAAUGGAGGAAAACUAGACUCCCUGCGGACCUGUCAUCUUUUCACUCCCUCCUCUCUACAUUCUCUUCCUCUGUUUCCGCUGCUAAAGCCACUUUCUACCACUCUAAAUGUCAAGCCUCUGCCUCUAACCCUAGGAAGCUCUUUGCCACCUUCUCCUCCCUGCUGAAUCCUCCUCCUCCUCCCUCUCUGUGGAUGACUUCGUCAACCAUUUUGAAAAGAAGGUUGAUGACAUCCGAUCCUCAUUUAUUAAGUCAAAAGACACCGCUGGUCCUGCUCACACUGCCCUACCCUAUGCUUUGACUUCUUUCUCCCCUCUCUCCAGAUGAAAUCUUGCGACUUGUGACGGCCGGCCGCCCAACAACCUGCCCGCUUGACCCUAUCCCCUCCUCUCUUCUCCUUGACUGCUGGCCAUGUCCCUUCCGUCUUCAAGAGAGCGAGAGUUGCACCCCUCCUCAAAAAACCUACACUCGAUCCCUCCGAUGUCAACAUCUACAGACCAGUAUCCCUUCUUUCUGUUCUCUCCAAAACUCUUGAGCAUGCCGUCUCUAGCCAACUCUCCUGCUAUCUCUCUCAGAAUUAUCUUCUUGAUCCAAACCAGUCAGGUUUCAAGACUGGUCAUUCAACUGAGACUGCUCUUCUCUGUGUCACGGAGGCUCUCCGCACUGCUAAAGCUAACUCUCUCUCCUCUGCUCUUAUCCUUCUAGACCUAUCCGCUGCCUUUGAUACUGUGAACCAUCAGAUCCUCCUCUCCACCCUCUCCGAGUUGGGCAUCUCCGGCGCUGCUCACUCUUGGAUUGCGUCCUACCUGACAGGUCGCUCCUACCAGGUGGCGUGGCGAGAAUCUGUUUCCGCACCACAUGCUCUCACCACUGGUCUCCCAGGGCUCAGUUCUAGGCCCUCUCCUAUUCUCUCUAUACACCAAGUCACUUGGCUCUGUCAUAUUCUCACAUGGUCUCUCCUGUCAUUGCUACGCAGACGACACACAAUUCAUUUUCUCCUUUCCCCCUUCUGAUAACCAGGUGGCGAAUCACAUCUCUGCAUGUCUGGCAGACAUAUCGUCAGGGCGGCAGGUAGCUUAGUGGUUAAGAGCGUUGUACCAGUAACCGAAAGGUCGCUGGUUCUAAUCCCCAAGCCGACUAGGUGAAAAAUCUGUCGAUGUGCCCUUGAGCAAGGCACUUAACCCUAAUUGCUCCUGUAAGUCGCUCUGGAUAAGAGCGUCUGUUAAAUGACCAAUUUAUUUAUUUAUUUAUUUUAUAUCAGUGUGGAUGUCGGUUCACCACCUCAAGCUGAACCUCGGCAAGACCGAGCUGCUCUUCCUCCCGGGGAAGGACUGCCCGCUCCAUGAUCUCGCCAUCAUGGUUGACAACUCCAUUGUGUCCUCCUCCCAGAGUACAAAGAACCUUGGCGUGACCCUGGACAACACCCUGUCGUUCUCCGCUAACAUCAAAGCGGUGACCCGAUCCUGCAGGUUCAUGCUCUACAACAUUCGCAGAGUACGACCCUACCUUACACAGAAAGCGGCACAGGUCCUAAUCCAGGCACUUGUCAUCUCCCGUCUGGAUUACUGCAACUCGCUGUUGGCUGGGCUCCCUGCCUGUGCCAUUAAACCCCUCCAACUUAUCCAGAACGCUGCAGCCCGUCUGGUUGUCAACCUUCCCAAGUUCUCUCAUGUCACCCCGCUCCUCCGCACACUCCACUGGCUUCCAGUUGAGGCUCGCAUCUACUACAAGACCAUGGUGCUUGCCUACGGAGCUGUGAGGGGAACGGCACCUCCUUACCUUCAGGCUCUGAUCAGACCCUACACCCAAACGAGGGCACUACGUUCAUCCACCUCUGGCCUGCUAGCCCCACUACCUCUACGGAAGCACAGUUCCCGCUCAGCCCAGUCAAAGCUAUUUGCUGCUCUGGCACCCCAAUGGUGGAACAAGCUCCAGUGGAUAGGUCUUCAUUGCAGGCUGCAGGGGUUGUCUUACACCAAGAGGAUCCUGACAUUUUAAAGUUUCAAAAGGUGGACUUUGUGGCCUUUAUCACAAUGGUGAUAAAUGGCACUGCCAAGAUGGAGAAAAGAUCUAGGAAGAUUGAAAUCAUUGUGAUUGCAGCAGAUCGGUUCCUGGGGCUGAAAGAUUUCACAGCAAAGGAUUUACAUGGAAUAUUAGCAAAAGACGUACCACCUUCUCAGGUCCUACGGCUUGAGAAAAGAGAUCUGGAGAACCAAAAGUAGGAAGAAGUGGAAGUUUUGUUUGUUUUGGCAAUGUACUCUUUUUAUUAGGGUGGAUUGUUAGAAUCACUAAGUAUGGAUUUUAUUUUAUUUUGGGUUUCAAACCGUCCAGUUGGUGGCGGCAAUACAACUGUUGGAUGUAGUCCUCCAUAAAACCCACAGAAGAAGAAUAAUUAAUGUUCUGUAGACAGAUUUUGGGCGGAGUAAACCCUCUCGCUUCGCCUCUUCCUCUUUGACUCAACUAAUCAACUUGCAUUCUCCAACCCGACAGGCGGCAGUGUUACAUUGUAUUUGCAAGUUUACCCGCCAACGAAACGAAGUAAGUUGUAUUUUCCACCUCGCUGCUGCGUUCCAAAAUUCAGCCUAUAAGGUUAUGAAAUAUGAAUAAGGUUACGUAGCAAUGACAUCGCUAGAUUACAAAUGUCCGAAUUUUAGAUGAUCAAUGGCAGUAAUAUGAACGUGGAUAGCAGUGACUCGCAGGUGUAAGGUAAUGCUGCUAACGUUAGCUAGGCUAGCUAUGUUUGGGGGAUGGAUAGCUAACGUUAGCUAGCUAACUAUACUAACAAACAUUUCCUAGGCUGGCUAGCUAUAUAGUUCGGUGUGUAUAUAUACCAAAUAUAAUUACUUGUGUCGAUGUAUUAUUAAGCUAUAGUUUGCAGAUUGGGUUUUCGCUUUUGAACACCCUACUGGUCCAAGAAACAAAGACCGCCAUAUAGUCCAUGAUGAGGCAGACCCCCAAAUAUGGACCAGCGCCGGGCUAGUUAGCUAGUUAAGUCUAAAGGCUAGCACGCCCUACAGCUACCUACUGUUGUGUUGCUGAAUUAUGUGCUCCUCUUUUUAUGCAAUACUUCCCUGUGGAUAUAUCAUUUGUAAUCAGUACUGUUGAACAGGCUUUCAAAACUAAUAUCCUUUUUGUUACCUCAGACACUCCAGAGAGACCCUAUUCUACAUGAAUCAUCGCAUCAAGGACAGGUCAAGAUGCAAAAGCGGAACUAUAUGAAAGGGAAAAGGGAGCAUGGUGAUGGUGGACCCCCUUUUUGCUUUAGUUGUGAAAUGAUCUUUCCAGACCAAACGUCAUUUCAUGACCACUUUUGUCCUGCGGCGGGUUACAUCUGCUCCUGUGGAACAGAGUUCUCCAUGUAUGUUGAUAUGAUGGACCACAGCGGAUUACAUGAACCAGGCCACACGGUAAUUAAUUAUAGCACCAUAAAGAAGGAACAAUAUCAGAGGGAGAGAGAGUACAAGGAGCAGCUUUCGAGGCUGGUAUUGAAGGCGGGGCAGGGAAGCUGGGCUGGGCAGGAAAGCUGGGCUGUGCCUGCACCAACUCCGAUGCUAUCGGCCCCUAUGCAACGAGCCACAAAGCCUCCACCUGGUCCAAGUGCCCCAACAACGGACCUCUGGCACCAAUUCCAGCCAGUGGUGUUGGUGGAGACCCUGCGCAAGUUUGGUAGGACAAAGCCCUACAGGUGUGCCUACUGUGAACUGGGCUUUGCAACAAAAGACUUACUCUUAUGGCACCACAACACUCAUGCAAGAAAUAAAGUCCAUGGCUGCCUGCGGUGCGGGUUGCUCCUGCUCAGCAACAACAAGUCACCCCAGCCUGGCCACCACCAGUGUGGCUCUUAUCGGGCAACUCCUGAAACCAGAUUCACCACUGCCACAGUGCUGAGUAACAGGAAACAGCCCGCGGGGUAUGCUAAGAAGGUUGUCCAGCGUCAGCACUGUCCUGACCCGUUCAGUGGGGAGCUGCAGCUAGGGAUGCAUAUGGUCUCACAGCAGCCCGUUCCAGGGACUUCUGGAACAAAAUACUUGAAGUGUAGAGUGUGUCAGGAGCUCUUCCAAACUGUCAAGCUGCUCGAGAGGCACCGUUGCACAAUGGCGGCGUCCUUUUUUGCGCAGGAACUGGGUCAGACGUCUGGCAAACAGCUCAAUGGUCACAGAAAAGGGAAGGAGGGGACCAGCCCAUACUCCUUGCCUCGAAGGAAUGGUGACAAGGAGCUGGCGUUCAACAUUCAAACUUCGACGAAUGUAACUGUAUACGACCACAAGGCAGUAGGCCCGGAUAGGGGCACCGGGUUGUCUGCCGUUUCUGUAAAAACAGAGGUUUCGGAUGAUGACUGUUUUGUGAUUGAGGAUGCGUUCUCGUGCUAGUCGGAACUAGGAAACUCUGAAAUUUCCGACUUGCUAACUGGUUGAACUCGGCACGUGUAUAACUACAACCAGUUAGCAAGUAGGACAUUUCCGUGUUUCCUAGUUCCGACUUGCACGUGAAUGUGGCAUAAAAGCGCCUUCACCAAACCAAGUCAGCUGUUAUACCAACAAUUAACCUCUUCCCUCCCAGUACUGCAGACAUGA